AUGGAUAUAGUGGGGCCCUUCCCCGUAAUGACCGGCCAACAGAAGUUCCUGCUCGUCACGCACAUCAUAUAUCGGUUCGAAAUUCUGCGUCGGCUCGUCUCCGACAAUGGGAGACAGUUCGUCAGGCAAUGUCUCAAAGAAUGGUGUGAAGGCUACGGGAUUCAGCAGACCUUCACUUCCGUGGCGUAUCCCCAAAGCAAUGAACAAGCUGAAGUUGCCAAUCGGGAGAUUCUGCGAAUUCUUCGAGUUCAGCUCGACCACGUCGGAGGCAGUUGGGCGGAUGAGCUUCCAGGCGUGUUGUGGGCAAUCCACACGAACCCAAAGGAGGAGAUGAGAGUGACACCGUUCCAUUUGGUUUAUGGAGGCGAAGCAGUCAUCCAUGUUGAAGUUGGAAUUGAGGCCGAUCGUCUGCAGCAAUAUAGUGAGGGGAAUGCCGAGUGGAGACUCCUGGAGCUAGACCUGGUGGACGAAGCAUGUGCCAAAGCAGCCGUCCAGUUAACGACCUACCGACAGAGGAUGCGCCAAAACUACAAUAGGAGGGUAAUACCUAGAUCUUUUCAGGUCGGCGACUUCGUAUGGAAGAAGGUGAAAUCGGUCGGAGAUGUCACCAAGCUGGAGGCUCCUUAG